AUAUAUAAAUGGAAACAAUCCCAAACUUAUUUGUGGCCAAAAUCUCAUCUUUCACCUCCCUCUGUCUCUCUCUCAAAACAUGGCUGCUUCUUUCCAUCUUCAAACCCUACACCUCCGCAAAUCCCCUUUCCUCCAAAAACCAUCUCCCAAAUUCCCCAAACGAAGCACCACCACCGCCAAAUUCAACCUCUACGAAAUCCUCGGCGGCCGCGGCCUCUGCAACGGCGAGCAGGGCCUCCAGCAGGAACUCAAAAAAACCGUCGCACCACCACCACCUCCGCCGCCGCCGCAAUUGGAGGAUCAAUCGGCAGAAGCUCUAGAAGUAUCCGAAGACGGAUUCGAGAAGGAGCUCCUAGGGCUCACCGGGGGAUUCCCGGGGGGAGAAAAGGGGCUGAAGAAAUUCAUCGAGGAGAAUCCACCUCCGCCGCCCCCCAAAUCGGAGAGCGUAGGGUUCGAUCGGAGUAACGCGAAGGCGAAGGCGCCGGAGCUGCCGCUGCUGCUGCCGGGGAUGAUCGCGAUCGUGAAGAAUCCGAGGAAUCCGUUCCACAUGUACUGCGGGAUAGUGCAGAGGAUCAGCGAUGGGAAGGCGGGAGUGCUGUUUGAAGGCGGGAAUUGGGAUAAGCUUGUGACGUUCAGGCUUGAUGAGCUCGAGCGCAGAGACAAGGGCCCGCCCAUGGUGAACCCUAGAUCCGCCAUUCUCGAAAAUGCGGUCGAGAAUACUACUUGAUUCUUUCAUUUCAAAUGUACAUACCUCCAUAAAUGUUCUCUCUACAAUUUGUAUCAUGCUAAUGGAAGUAGAUAAAAAAUGGUUAACUGCAGAGAAAUUCCAUUAUUUUU